AUUGCAUUCAGUAUGCAGCAACCGUUAGCAAUGUCAACAAGUGCCGUCACAAUAAARAAUUGUAUUUUUUAAAAGUACCUGUAAGGUACUUCUGUGCGAGAAAAGUUCCCCAUAAUUGGCUAACCUUUAAUUAUGCUAAAAUUGAGUUUGUAAAAACAUUCCAAAAAUUUUGAAAAAUAAUUAAUUUGAAAUCGGUUAAACAUGUCGAUGGUCGAAUUGGAAUCGUUACUGUAUCGGAAGCGGAAUGUGGUGUAUGCUUUUGUGCGUCAUAAGCUAAUGCUGCUCUGUAAACAGUCGUUGAUACGCGUGCAGUCCGCUGAAGGCAUAAAACGCAUCGAGAUCUCACCAAAAGCUAAUUUAAAGGAGCUCUUCGAAAUGGUACAACACAAUCUCAAAGUUGAUGGCUUCGGACUCUUCAAGGAACGCAAUUUUCUCACAGAGUUGCAUUCUAGUCAUUCGCAGAAAAUUGGUUCCUGCCUUAAGCAUGGCGAUAUGUUGUAUCUGAAGAAAAUUGCUGGAGGAUCGAUUCGUCGUACCAGCACCACAGCCAUUGAUGAUUUUGAGACUUCGAGCGUUAAUYUACCGGCAGCAAGCAGCACCAUAUUAUUUCAACCAUCUACCGCAGUCGUGGAAGAUGAAGUGGACCAAACGCUAGCUAAAAUAGAUGGCUUAAUCGAACGUCCGCGUGAUCCAAAGCUUUGUCGUCACAAUGCCAACGGUCGUUGUGUGCAUUGCUCACCACUUGAACCGUACGAUGAUAAUUAUCUGAAGGAGCAAAAGAUCAAACAUUUGUCUUUCCAUUCAUACAUACGCAAACAAAAGUCGGGCAUUGAUCGUGGCAAAUAUGUCGCUUUCGAUGAUAUCAAUUGCCGCAUAAAGCCAGGCUGUCGUGAGCAUCCCCCAUGGCCCAAGGGUAUCUGUUCCAAGUGUCAGCCAUCGGCUGUCACGCUAAAUCGUCAAAUUUAUCGACAUGUUGAUAAUAUUAUGUUCGAGAAUCCAACUAUAGUUGAACGUUUUCUCGACUAUUGGCGUACAACAGCYCAUCAGAGGAUGGGUUAUCUGUAUGGCACCUAUGAAGUACAUGCUGACGUACCRCUUGGUAUACGUGCAACUGUCGCCGCCAUUUACGAGCCGCCACAAGAAUCGACACGUGACUCCAUUCGAUUGUUGGACGAUGAAGCAGCUGCUGAGGUGGAUGAGUUGGCGCAGGCCUUGGGUUUGAAGAAGGUUGGUUGGAUUUUCACUGAUCUCAUUACCGAUGAUCCAGCUGCUGGUAGUGUCAAGCACUUACGUGGCAUUGAGACACAUUUCCUCACUGCGCAGGAGUGUAUUACGGCAGGCGAACUGCAAAACCGUCACCCGAACCCGUGCAAAUAUGGCUCUAGCGGUUACUUCGGUUCGAAAUUUGUUACAGUAUGUGUAACAGGCGAUAGCAGCAAACAAGUGCAUACAGAGGGAUAUGCUGUGUCAGCUCAAUGUAUGGCUUUGGUGCGAGACAAUUGCUUAAUACCCACCAAAGAUGCACCCGAAUUGGGAUAUGUACGUGAAUCAACAGACAAACAAUAUGUUCCAGACGUUUAUUAUAAGCAUUCACUCUGCGGGCAGUACAACUGCCGCUUCCAAUGCGGGGGCCGCCGCCGCUGGUGGUGCUGGUGCCGGCGGUACGAAUAGUCAGUGGCAAUGCAAUCACUGCACCUUCAUUAAUCCGGGCGAAUUGAGCUCGUGCGAAAUGUGUUCGCUGCCGCGGUAAAUGCUUCGUCGCGCUCAUCGCUUACGCCGUCAUCAUUGCCAUUACUGCGGACGCAGUACCGUGUCAGCUGAUUGCUCGCUCGGCCGGUGGGUUGGUGGGUGGUGCGUUCGCCUAUAAGCGCAAUAUGUGGCUGGAUUGCUGGUCGACAGGAUUUCAUCAUUAUUUCAUUUCAAUUAUAUUUACAACAGCAAAAAACUAUCUUAACUAUUACAAUUUGCAGCAAACAACGCAGAAUACCAUGAAGUAGACAAAGAAACAAAUGUUAUUUAAACGCCUAUAAUUGUUUGUGAUUUGAUUCAAAUAAAAUUGAAAUUGUUUGCACAUGAGCGAAAAUACACUCCCACACACUCUA